AUGGAAGCUCAGACCAAAGUGGGACUGCUGCAGAAGGAGACACAGGACCAAAAGCGUGAAGUGUCCUAUAAAAAGACACUGGAUUACCACUGGAUGUGGACAGGAGCUGCUCAAUGUAAAGUGAACAGACUUGAAACACAGACACAAGGCCUGAAGGAUCAGAGGAUGGAGGAGGAGACUCUGGAGCUGAAGACAGAAGUCUCCUCUCUGGCAUCUGCUCUGGAGGAUGAGAAGAACAAUGUCUCAGAAGCUCACAGUGAAGCAGACAUCGGCCCUGGAGGAGGAGAGGAGCACCACUCAGAAUCUCCGAAUCACAUGAACAUGUUGUAG